AAUGGAAGAGGAACUGGCAGCUCCAUCCACAUCUGCAGAGAAAACUGACAGUGUGGAUGUCGACGGGGAAGCCAAGAAACUACUGGGCCUAGGACAGAAGCACCUGGUAAUGGGAGAUAUUCCAGCGGCUGUUAAUGCAUUCCAGGAAGCUGCUAGUUUAUUGGGUAAGAAAUAUGGUGAGACAGCGGACGAGUGUGCGGAAGCUUUUUUUUACUAUGGAAAGUCUCUUCUGGAAUUAGCAAGAAUGGAAAAUGGUGUGUUGGGAAAUGCCUUGGAAGGAGUGCAAGUUGAAGAAGAAGGGGAGAAAACGGAAGAUGACUCAAUGGUAGAAAGUGCUGAUAACAUAGAUGAAGAAGCAAGGGAGGAGUUGAGAGAGCAGGUAUAUAACGCCAUGGGGGAAAAGGAAGAAUCCAAAAAAUCUGCAGAAGAGUCUCCAGCACUGACCGAAGGUGGGAAGGAAACUGGAGGAGAGGAUGUAGAAAUGGAAGAGGUACUGGAAGGAGAGGUGGUGGCUGCUGGCACAGAGACCAAGCCUAAAGAGGAGGUGGAGGAGCAGGCAGAGGCAGCUGUGAAGCAGGCAGAACCUGCAGAAGAGCAGGCAGAAGCAGCUCCAGAAAAGGAGGCGGGGGCAGAGGAGCAGAUAGCAGCAGAAGCAGCUCCGGAAGAGGAGGCAGGGGCAGAGGAGCAGAAGGCUGAUGCUGCAGAGAAGCAGGCAGAGACUGCUGUGGAGAAAGCGGAGGCUGCGGGGGAGCAGGCAGCUGUAGCUGUGGAAAAGAAGGUAGUGGCAGAAGAGCCAGUGCCAGAGGCUGCAGGAGAGGAUGCAGCAGCAGCUGUGGAAGAGAAGGCAGAAGUUGCAGUAAAGGAGGCAGGGGCUGCUGUGGAAGAGAAGGCAGGCUCAGAAGAGUCUGUAGCAGACACUGCUGAAGAACAGGCUGUGGGUGCUGUGGAACAGAAGGAAGAGGCAGCUGUGGAGAAGGGGGAAGAGAAAGAAGAGCAGGCAGAGGCAGCUGUGGAGGAGAAAGUGGAAGACAAAGAAGAGCAGGCAGAGGCAGCUCCAGAAGAGAAGCCACCUAAGGAGCCUGAAGAUGCUCAGUCAAAGGAAACGCCACCUGUAGCUGCAGAUGCCACUGCACCUGGAGAGGAUGGGGAGCCCUUCAACGAAAUGCAAACAGAAGCCAAAGUUGAAGUAGGUGCUAAGGGACCACAAGAAGAUGAGAAAGAUGACCUGAUGGAAGCGGAAGGCGCUAAGGUAGAAAAAGAAGAGAGAGAGGACCUGGUGGAAGAGGGAGAAGAAACAGAAGGAUCGGAAGAAGACGAUAAAGAAAACGAAAAAGCUGAAGAAGAUAAGGAAAACGAAUCUGUAGUUGAAGACAAGUCCGCUCAGGAAAGCGAAGAGGAUGAAGUUGGGAAUCUGGAGCUAGCUUGGGACAUGCUGGAGUUGGCCAAGGUCAUCUAUAAAAGACAGGAAACAAAAGAAGCUCAGCUCCUGGCUGCUCAGGCUCACCUAAAGCUAGGAGAAGUCAGCGUUGAAUCUGAAAACUAUGUGCAAGCUAUAGAGGAGUUCCAGGCCUGCCUCACCCUACAGCAGAAGUACCUAGAGGUGCACGACCGCCUGUUAGCAGAGACUCACUACCAGCUGGCUCUGGCGUACCACUACAACAGCCAGUUCAAUGAGGCUGUUCUGCAGUUCAGUAAAUCUGUAGAAGUCAUUGACAAGAGACUGGUGAUGCUGACCGAACGGAUAAAGAAAGCAGGAGGAUCUGCUCAAGAUGAGAAGGAGAUCGAGGAGCUGAAGGGACUGCUUCCUGAAAUAAAGGAGAAGAUCGACGACUCGAAGGAGUCUCAGAGGAGUGCGGGAGUUGCUGAACUGGCUUUGAAGGCAACUCUGGUUAGUGGAACUACUUCUGGCUUCACACAGAGCGGAGGAAGUGUUUCCGCUUCCCCGAUUCCAGUAAGAAAACCGGCUGACGGAGCAUCUCAGUGUGUUUCAGACAUCUCCCACCUUGUCAGAAAAAAGAGGAAACCAGAGGAGGAGACUCAACAGGGAGACAAUGAAGCUAAGAAAUCUAAACCCGAGCCGGCUGUCAAUGGCGGUGGUGAUGCUGCCCCCAGUGGAAAUGAGGUUGCAGAAAAAAUGGAAGAGGAGACAGAGAAAAGGCCACAGGUGGAAGCAGGGGCUGCAGUUGAAAGUACAGUAUGAUAGUUCUCCAACGUGGGACACUCCUCUUCUCCCAAGGAAAACGAUUUUGUAUAUAGUGUAUUUUUUCACUUUUUGGCAACUUUUGUAUGACU